CAGCGUCAUGCGAAAAUAGUUCAAACGAACCGAUGGACGUUUCAGGGACAGCUACUGAUCUAGAUGCCUCAGACCCAGCGUGUGCGAUACAAUCAGUGUCAUGCGAAAAUAGUUUAAGCGAAUCGAUGGACGUUUCACAGACAGCUUGUGAUCCAAAUGCUUCUGAGCCAGCGUGUGCGAAACAGUCAGAGUCAACCGACAACAAUGGCCAAGAAGCGAUGGAAUUUUCACUGACUGCUCAAGCAGAGGAAACUGCAGUAAAAGAUGCUGAAAAGAUUUGUUUUUCCUGCGAUAAGGCGCGAGUACGUAAAAAUGCUCGUACAUUACCAAUUUAUAGUUCAACCAAAGUAAAAUUAUUAGAUGAUAUUACGCAGAAUGCGCAGGGCAUCAAUGAUAAACUUACGCUGGAAAAAAUCAGUUCUUUGGCAGCCGAUGCAAUCAUUUAUUAUCACAAUAGUGGCAAGACUUUGUACAAUAUCUAAAAAAAUUUAUUAAGAAACCAAAAACAGUUCAAACUGAUUGGCACAACUAUAGAAAUUUUUAUGAUCUUGCUUUCAAAGCAAUUAUUGCUUUUUAGACGGAGAGCUGGCUACAUAAAAAUGCAAGGUAUAAGGUACAUGAAAUAUUUAUAGCUAGAGAGGUUCCAUUAGCACUCCCGAACACUGAGUGACCAGUCUGCCUGCGCGCUUAGGAAGAUUAAGGCGGGGGUGGACGAUCAAAAAUGACAAAUUUUACAAGAAAAAAAAUGAUAAAGCUCAGGGAUAAAAAUUAUAGGAAUGUUAAGUAUUUGUUGCUACGAAACGCGGAAAAUUAUUGGCAGACGAUUUCGUGGAAGAGAAAGGGCCGGCAGACUGCAACAAAGCGGCGUUAACUUUUGUGAAAAAAAAAAAUGAUAAGGUACAUGAUUAAAAAUUAUUGGUAAUAAUUACUAAACUGUUAACGAAGCUAUGUGCUAAAUGGCAGACGAAAAAACUGAAGACAACAUCGAGGCAGAUUGUAAUGAAGAGCGCAGUUUCGAUCGCGCUUAAUGAGGUAGUUUCGUACGAUGCGCUACUAUGAUAUGUUAUUUUGUUAUUUAUAUGAAUAUAUUACGUGUUUCUUUUUUCCA